AUGACAAACUCGGAUAAGAUAACCGUCAAUCGCGCCAUUGAUGAUGCGACGCAUGCUAAUGAUGCUACAAUUGGGAACCUCAAAAUUGACAAAGAUGUUGGGAAAGCUAUGAGAAAGGCCGUGAAAAAGUUCAAAGAGCCUAAUGCUACUUGCUCCAAAUCCCAUUUAAGACUACACUCCCUUACUCACAAGAAGGAUCUUGUUCCUACCUUGGAUGCGAAGAAUGAACUAAUAAGGAAAAGGGAGAAAGAUAACUCCCAUACUUCUAAGAAAAAGAGCAAGCUUGAGCUUAAGAAGAACAAACAAAAGUCUGAAAGGAAACCUGUAUGCAAGACUUGCAAGAAGCGCCAUUACGGGAAAUGCAGAUUUAAAUCUCAACCUCUACCUUGUGGGAUCUGCAAAUCAAGUGAGCAUAAAACGUUGGAUUGCAAGGACAUAAAGGAUGCAGUCUGCUACGGCUGUAACGAGAAAGGCCACAUCAUGACUACGUGCCCUAAAUAUGCCAAAGGAGGCGCGGCUAAGGAUAGAAAGCCUGAGAAUGAAAGCGCUUAA